AUGGAUACUUUCUCUUACACGCUCUCUCUCAUUUCUCUCUUCCCCCACUCUCUCUCUCUCUCUCUCUUUGUCUAUCUCAUUUUUCUCUCCCUCCAUUUUGUAGCUCUCUCUCUCUCUCUCUAUCUAUCUAUCUAUCUAUCUAUCUAUCUAUCUAUCUAUCUAUCUAUCUAUCUAUCUCUUCAUUCUUUACUGUUUUUGCGUCCUUUCUUUUUUUAUUUCGCAUCUCUCUCUCCCUCCCUCUCUCUCUCUCUCUCUCUCUCUCUCUCUCUCUCUUUACUUUCUCAAUGUCGUUCGCUUUUUUCUCUCACUUUUGUCUAUUUUUUCUCUGUAUUUUUCUCUCUGUUUUUUCCUCCCGCUUUUUCUCUCCCUUUUCACUGUCUCUCUAUUUUGCUCUUUUUUUCUUACUCUAUAUCUCUGUCUAUUUCUCUUUCUCUCUCACACUCUCAUUUCUCUCUCUCCCAUUUCCCUCUCUCUCUCUCUCACUCUUUAUUUUCUCUUUAUCUUUCGCUAUUUUCUCCCAUUUUUUUUUCUUUUUUCUCUUUCUUUUUUCCUCCCACUUUCUCUCUCUUUCACUCUCUCUUUUUUGCUCUUUUUUCUUACUCUUUAUCUCUCUAUAUAUCUAUUUCUCUCUCACACUUCCAUUUUCUCGCUCUCUCUCUCUCUUUCUUUAUUCUUUAG